AAUGUUUAUGUUUAGGUUAUUCUCUAUAUCAGAUAAUCUGGAAUAAGGCCCAAUGCAUAAGCUCAGAUCCAGCCCCAAAUUGAGCUAUCAUUAAUCCUACUUUCUUCUCCAAUGGCAGUGGACUGGACUCGAAUCGAAGUGCUCCAGCCGUGACUCACCUCGACUCGACCAUCGGGCGUUUCAAUGGCUUCCGCGUUCCACUGCUCAUUCUCGUUCACUCGAAUCUGGAUGAAUCCAAUGUCUGUAUCAACUCAAUCAAACUACUUACGAUUGAAGAAACUUUUUAUCUGCACAUGUGCCCCUGUGGGCGUCCCAUUUCCAAAUAGUUCUAAGAUAUGUAUGGUACCAUUCAACCUAUUUUCCAAAAGGCAUUCUGUCAGAAGUUUUGCAGUGGAUACACUGUUAGGGGAUGGAGCUAUACAGCUUGAAAGACAUGGGACUCCCAGUUUUUUGAAUCAAAACAAUUCCCAAUGGAGCUCAAAUGAUCUUGAAGGACAGCUUCAGGAGUUAUUUGAUGAAAUUAUGAAUAUGAUUAAAUUGGGAAAGAAAGAUGAAGCAAUAGAUUUGCUUCAAGCCAAUCAUGAAGCUGUUAAGGAGCAGGUGGAUUCCGGAACUGGAAACAUAGCAGAAGCUGCUGUUCUUGAUGUCUUACUCUUGGGCUACAUGGCCAUCGGGGACUUACAGACUGCCCAGAUCGUAAUAGAUGAGUUGCACAAGAUCGUGAAUGAGUUAAACGAUGACGAAAUGCUUGUUGAUUCAAUACUCAUGCAUAUGGGAAGUAUCUACGCUAAGUUGGAAAAGUUCGAUUUGUCCAUUUGUGUCUACAGAAGAUGCCUCCAAAUUAUGGAAAGUAAAUAUGGAAGUAAGAGCUCUUUCCUUUGCACGCCAUUACUGGGAAUGGCAAAAGCUCUAGGCAAUAGCAGAAGGACCCCCGAAGCAUUGGAAAUAUAUCAGAAAAUUAUUAAUAUAUUAGAAUCUUGCAGAGGAGAAUAUAGUGAAGAAUUGGUGGUUCCAUUAUCUGCAUUAGGUAACUUUCUGAUAAAAGAUGGAAAAAUUUCAGAUGCUGAGCACCAAUUCGAUAGGAUUCUAAAGAUUUACACAAGGUUAUAUGGAGAAAAGGAUGGUAGGGUUGGAACAGCAAUGUGUUCUUUGGCCAACGUGAAAUGUGCGAAAGGAGAUGUGAAUGAAGCUAUUGACCUGUACAAGAGUGCUCUCCAGAUCCUCAAGGAUUCAAAAAGUGUGCCUUUGGACGACAAAGAUAUGGAGAAGAUGAGAAUAGACUUAGCUGAACUACUUCAUGUAGCAGGGAGGGGAGAAGAAGGCCGAACCCUGUUGGAAGAAUGCUUGUUCAUAACUGAGAAAUAUAAAGGAAAAGGACAUCCCAGCUUAGUACCCAAUCUUGUAAAUCUCGCAACCUCCCAUUCACGCUCCAAGAAUUUUGCUGAAGCUGAACGCCUACUGCGAAUAGGUCUACAGAUAAUGAUGAAGGCUGCACCCCCUGACGAUCCAUCUAUUACCUUCCCCAUGUUACAUUUAGCCGUUGCUCUUUACAAUCUACAUCGUGACGAAGAAGCAAAAAAACUUGCAUUAGAUGCUUUGCUUAUCCGUGAAAAAGCAUUCGGAAAAGAAUCUUUACCCGUUGGAGAGGCUCUUGAUUGUUUGGUGUCCAUUCAGACUCGACUAGGUGAGGACGAUAUUGAAUUGGUUAAGAUGCUCAAGAGGGUUUUGAAAAUCCAGGAAAUAGCUUUUGGCCAUGAUAGCGAACAGGUUGUGGAAACUCUGAAGAAACUUGUAUAUUACAUCGACAAAACGGGAAAGAAAACUGAGAAAUAUCAUCUGGAAAAGAGAUUGUCUGCUCUAAGAAACAAGUUCAAACAGAUGGCUAUAUAUUAACAGAUGCUUCUUAUUUUGUCUUUUCAUUCAAAGUCGAGUUCCAGAACUUCAACUCGCUUUCCGCAAGCUAGCUGUAUAUCAAGCCGAGUCCAUUUUUUACAGAGCGGUUGGCGGCUUUUGAAGUGUGGCUUGAUCAUGGAUUUGAACAUAAAAGCCACCAUAACAAUUGCCAAUUGUAUUUCAGGUAGCAACAUUUUAGUUGAAUAUAACACUACCUAUAUAGACUUGCAAUAUAAUUACAGUUUUAAAAUUCUAGUACUCGUGUGUGUAUGUGUGAACAUUAAUUUGUUGUCCACUAAUGUUGAACAUAUUUUCAUAAGACAAAGGGGUCAAAUUUUAUUUAAAACGUUUAAAAUAGUUGUCAUGUUGUGCUAAUAAUUUUCUCCC